GAUCAACGAUACAGUGUUUGACUGGAGACAGAAAGGUGUUAUUGCCCCUGUUUCUAACCAGGGAGAGAUAGGUGACGCUGUUGCUUUUGUUGUUGCAGAGGGCGUGGAAAGCUUACAUGCCAUACAGAAUGGCAACCGACUAGUGACGCUGAGCCGCCAAGAGGUGGCCGAUUGUUGCGAUGAAAACUUCCACCCCAAGUAUGCCGGCUACCAGUGUAUCGCGCUGAUCGGUGGACUGUGUACAGCCGACGCCUACAUACCUUCUGGUGGUCACUGCAACAACAAGACCUGCCCGGCUGUGACCGGAACUGGACACAUCCCGGCGCAGCGGGAAGAUCUGAUGGUUGAGGUUAUCCACAAGACGCCACUUUCAGCAGUUCUUGACGCCAGUCUGCAAUCAUUUCAGAUUUACGCGAGCGGAAUCUACUCAGACCCAUCAUGCAGCUCCACUAAUGUGGAUCACGUGGUGCAGAUUGUUGGCUAUGGGACAACCUCAGAGGGUCAGGACUACUGGAUUCUCAAGAACUCCUGGGGAGAGGGCUGGGGUGAGCAAGGCUACAUGAGGAUCAUUAGAGGCAAGAACAUGUGUGGCAUCGCAUCCGGGGUCUUCUACCCAAUCAACGACCAGUAG